UAUUCAAGUUGGCACCCCUGAUCUGUCACAUUUCUGUUUUACAGAUGGGAAGCUAGAGCUUGGAAUUUCUUUAUGGCCACUCAGCAAAUCCAUGACUGAAUUGGAACUUGAAUCCAUAUGUUACAGAUCAGAAGUUCUGCAGAAUGUAAAAUUGUCAUGCUUUGAUGCUCUUUUUGAUGUUCAGUGUGUCUCCUGUUUGGUGGUACAGUUAAGAGUUUGGGCCAAAUAAGGACAUAGCUAAUUUUCAGGGACUAUCUUUGCAGGACAACAAGAUGGAAGAUGAUGAAACCAGUGCAUUGCUACCAAAGGCGGACAAAGUGGACAUAUUUUGCCCCUCUAAUGCACAGGGCUCCCUGCUGAAUCCCAGCAGAGGAAGAGAAGCGUGGCGUCUUAGGAAACAGACAAGAAAAUGGCCCCUCUGCCCAUCUUCCCAUCACCCUCUGGAUUCACUUAGCCACUGUGUUAAAUACUUGACCUUUGUUUGGAAUCUGGCCUUCUCCAUUACAGGAUUGCUCAUUUUGGCCAUUGGGAUCUGGGGUCUCUCCGACAAAGAGUCGCUGGCAAGUGAGCGGAUAACUUAUUUGGGCAGCGACCCCAUGCUCUUUUUUGUGUUAGCGGGUCUUGUAGCCAGCACGAUCUCUCUCUUGGGCUGUCUAGGAGCCCUCUUUGAAAACACCUGCCUCUUGAAGCUUUUUACGGGAGGAAUCGUGUUGUUUGUGAUCCUGGAAACUCUGGGUGGAAUCGUUCUCUUUUCUCUGAGACACCAAAUCAAGUCCUCCUUGCAAGAGUCCCUUACGGUGGCCGUGUUACGAUACCAGGAUGACCCAGAUCUCAAAUUCAUCAUGGAUGAAAUUCAGAUGGGCCUGCAGUGCUGUGGGGUGGAAUCCUACCUAGACUGGAAAACAAAUUUAUAUUUUAACUGCAGUUCUCCAGGCGUGCAAGCCUGCGGCGUCCCAGCUUCCUGCUGCCUGGAUCCGCUGGAAAACGGCACCAUCCCGAAUUCCCAGUGUGGUUUUGGCACCCUGGCCCUGGAGGAGUUUGUGGCUCAAAGCACUGUCUAUCUCGGAGGCUGCGUUCCCCAGCUGAGCAGAUGGCUUAAUAAUCAUGCAGGAGUGAUUGGCUUGUAUUGUGUUCUUCUGAUUGUGAUUGAAGUAGGAAGCUUAUUACUGACCGCUAAGCUCCUGGCAGGCAUUGCCCUUGCGAGGACUUGGUAUUCCAGUGAGAGGGAGGAAACAUAUUUGCAAUCCUAUCAUCAGAGACAAAAGGGAUUUUACUCUUGAUCUGCUGCAAACUAUGAAUCCAGAAUACUGUGGAAGCCCUGUUAUG